AUGUUUGCAAUUAAUGGAUACACAUUUAUACACAAAUCUCGUAAAUUUGGAAAAGGAGGCGGAGUAGCAUUUUAUGUUGCUGAUCAUGUUAUUUAUAAAAGGCGACACGAUCUAGAAAUAAAUGAAAUUGAAGGUAUUUGGUUAGAAAUAUGUCCAAAAAAUGCGAAAUUGUAUUUACUUUCCGUAAUUUAUAGACCCCCGGAUAAUUCAAAGUAUCUUAAUAAAGAUUUUUCACCUUUCCUAUCUGAUGUACUGUCAUUAACAUUAGACGGUAUCAAAGAAGUUAUAAUCUUAGGGGACCUUAAUGUCGAUUUUCUGAAAAAGAACGAUCAUGUUGGGAUUAAAACAGCUUUAACGUUACACUGUUUUAAACAAGUCAUUAAAUCACCAACCCGAAUAGCUGAAACGUCACAAACUCUUAUCGACAUUAUCCCCACAACUAAUUGCACAGUUAUAGCGGAUACCAAAGUCAUCCCCAUUUCUUUUAGUGACCAUGACCUUAUAUGUUGUAUUAGAAAACAACAUCACACCCGUUUCGUUAGCAAAACAAUAAAUUGUCGAAACUAUCGAAAUUAUGACAAAGAUAAAUUUUGUCAAACACUUUCAUCACAGAAUUUUCAAGAUGUUUAUAAUUCAACGAACGUCAAUAAAGCAUGGUCUUUGUUAAAGGGAAUUAUAUAUCGCACCUACGAUUCCAUGGCUCUAUUAAUUCGUAAAAAAGUUCGCGGUAAGCCAUGUGAUUGGAUGACUGUUGAUCUCAAGAAGGAGAUGAACUCACGCGACAAUUUGUUACGAAAAUCGCGUAAAACCAAAUCAGAAGCAGAUAUCACCGCUUAUAAAAAAAUAAGAAACAAGGUAAUAAUAAAAUCGAACUCUCAAGUGAAUACUACUAUACAAAUCGACGAGAAAUUGGUAACCGAUCAACAUUCUAUUGCUAAUGCGUUUUGUAGAUUUUUUUCUAAUGUUGUAAAUUCACUUAAAAGAUCUGCUUUUGUGUUGACAAACUCCGUCUGGAAAUAUCAUAAAGAAAUACCGAGUAAAUCAAACCCAAAAUUUCGACUUAAACCAAUCACUGUUAAUGAAACCAUGAAACAUCUACAAUCAUUAAAACGUAAAAAGUCUGUUGGGCUAGAUGAUCUACCAUCCUGGUUACUCAAAGACUGCAUGGAGGUAAUCGCUUCACCACUGACAUAUAUUAUUAACAUGUCUUUUGAAACUUCAACUUUUCCAAGUGACUGGAAACGCACCAAAGUGUUACCACUUUUCAAAUCUGGAGCAAGGUCAUCUGUUAAUAACUAUAGACCAAUAUCUGUUAUUCCAGCUAUAUCCAAGGUGAUUGAAAAAGUUGUGCAUGAACAAUUGACUGCAUAUCUUGAAAGUAACAAUUUAAUAAACAACAACCAGUUCGGUUUCAGGCCUCGUCGCUCAACUGAACUGGCUGCAACAAUCUUUAUCGACACUGUGAAAUUGAAGGUUAACGAUGGCAAGAUGGUCGGUGCCGUAUUUUUAGACCUCACAAAAGCAUUCGACAUGUUAAAUCAUGGUAAACUACUGUCAAAAUUAAGCAGUUUUGGAAUUGUUGGAGACGAACACGAGUGGUUCACAGACUCUUUGUUUGGUAGAUUUCAGCAAGUUCAAUACAAAAAUUCUUUGUCUGAUGAACAUCCAGUCAAUAGUGGAGUACCACAAGGGUCAAUUUUGGGCCCACUACUAUUUAUUAUGUUUUUCAAUGAUCUUUGUACCGUAGUGAAACACUCUGAAGUAGUCAAAUAUGCAGACGAUACUGUUUUAUUUGUUGAAACCCGUCUUUCAUCCGACAUGAAUUGUGUACUUGCAUGGUGUUUGGAAAAUGAAUUAAUUUUAAAUCUCGGAGCAGGAAAAACUGAAGCAAUUUUAUUUGGUUCGAAAAAUAACCUCUCUAAACAAAACAGCUCAUUAAACGUACCUUCCGGUACCAAACUCAACUUUGAUUUAACGUAUGAAAAAGCUUCCGGUAGAUUACGUUUACUAUAUCGCAUUCGACCGCUGAUUACAGAUAAAGCUGCAUUGGCAAUUUUUCAAACAAUGAUUCAACCAGUAUUAACAUAUUGCGGAUUUGUUCACCUUAAGAAUUCUCAGACACAACUACUCAAACUCCAAUCUUUACAUAGAUAA